AUGUCCCCCCACGUCCCCCGCCUGUGUCAACACCCACACGUCCUCCUGUGUCAACACCCCACACGUCCCCUCCUUCCUUCCCCACGUCCCCGCCUGUGUCACGUCCCCCUCCUGUGCCAACACCACGUCCCCCGCCUGUCAACACCCGUCCCGCCUGUGUCCUCCCACGUCCCCGAUCCACACCACGUCCCCGCCUGUGUCAACACCCACACGUCCCCCGCCUGUGUCAACACCCACACGUCCCCGCCUGUGUCAACACCCACACGUCCCCCCCUGUGUCCAACACCCCACACGUCCCCCUGUGUCCCCCUCCUGUGUCAACACCCCACGUCCCCUGUGUCAACACCACGUCCCCCGCCUGUGUCCAACACCACCGUCCCCCGCCUGUGUCAAUCCCCACGUCCCCCCUGUCAACACCUACGUCCCCUCCUGUGUCAACACCCCACGUCCCCGCCGCAACACCCCACGUCCCCCGCCUGUGUCACACCUACACGUCCCCCGCCUGUGCCAAUACCCACGUCCGCCUGUGUCAACACCCACACGUCCCUCCUGUGUCCUUCCCACACGUCCCCUCCUGUGCCAGCACCCACACGUCCCCCUCCUGUGUCAACUACACGUCCCCGCCUGUGUCACACACGUCGCCUGUGUCAACACCACACGUCCCCCGCCUGUGUCAACACCCCCACGUCCCCCUGUGUCCACCCCCCACGUCCCCGCCUGUGUCAACACCCACGUCCCGCCUGUGUCCAGCACCCCACGUCCCCUGUGUCAGCACCCCACAUCCCCUCCAGUGUCCACCCCCGUCCCCUCCUGUGUCAACACCCACACGUCCCCCGCCUGUCAACACCACGUCCCCUCAUGUCAACACCCCACGUCCCCCGCCUGUGUCAACACCCCACACGUCCCCGCCUGUCAACACCCCGUCCCCCCGCCUGUGUCAACACCCCACAUCCCCGCCUGUGUCAACACCCCACCGUCCCCGCCUGUGUCCAGCACCCACGUCCCCUCCUGUGUCAACACCACGUCCCCUGUCCACACCCCACACGUCCCCCUCCUGUUCCACACCACGUCCCCGCCUGUGUCAACACCCCACACCCCUGUGUCAACACCCUACACGUCCUGCUGUGUCAAUACCCACACGUCCCCACCUGUGUCAACACCUACGUCCUCCUGUGUAACACCUACGUCCCACGCCUGUGUAACACCCCACGUCCCCCGCCUGUGUCAACACCCUACACGUCCCCCGCCUGUGUCAACACCCCACACGUCCCCCAUGUGUCCACACCCCACACGUCCUCCUGUGUCAACACACACGUCCCCCCUCCUGUGUCAACACCCCGUCCCUCCUGUGUCAACACCCCACACGUCCCCCGCCUGUGUCAACACCCCACACGUCUGCCUGUGAACACCCCACGUCCCCCGCCUGUGUCAACACCCCACACGUCCCCUCCUGUGUCAACACCCCACACGUCCCCCGCCUGUGUCCAACACCCCACACGUCCCCCGCCUGUGUCAACACCCCACACGUCCCCCUGUGUCAACACCCCACACACGUCCCCCCUCCUGUGUCCAACACCACGUCCCCGCCUGUGUCAACACCCACCGUCCCCUCCUGUGUCAACACCCCACACGUCCCCGCUGUGUCAACACCCCACACGUCCCCUCCUCCCAGCACCCACACCCCCCGCCUGUUCCACCCCGUCCCCGCCUGUGUCAACACCCACACGUCCCCACCUGUGUCCACACCCACACGUCCCCCUCCUGUGUCAACACCACACGUCCCCUCCCUGUGUCCACACCCCACACGUCCCCGCCUGUGUCAACACCCACGUCCCCCUCCUGUGUCAACACCCCACACGUCCCCGCCUGUGUCAACACCCCACACGUCCCCCGCCUGUGUCAACACCACGUCCCCCGCCUGUGUCCAACACCCACACGUCCCCCCUGCCGUCCCCCCUGUUCAACACACGUCCCCCGCCUGUGUCACACCCCACGUCCCCUCCUGUCAACACCACACGUCCCCGCCUGUGUCAACACCCCACGUCCCCCGCGUCCCCACGUCCCCCUGUGUCCACACACGUCCCCGCCUGUGUCAACACCCCACACGUCCCCCCUAGUCCACCCCACGUCCCCGCCUGUGCCACACCCCGUCCCGCCUGUCCUACCCCACCCCGUCCCCCGCCUGUGUCCUUCCCCACACGUCCCCCUCCUGUGUCCAACACCCCACGUCCCCUCUGUGUCAACACCCCACGUCCCCCGCCGUCACACCCCGUCCCCCUGUGUCACACCCACACGUCCCCCGCCUGUCCCCCCAGUCCCCCCCUGUGUCAACACCCCACACGUCCCCUCUGUGUCAACACCCACACGUCCCCGCCUGUGUCAACACCCACACUCCCUCCUGUCCAACACCCCACACGUCCCCCGCCUGUCAACACCCACACGUCCCCCCUUGUCAGCACCACGUCCCCCGCCUGUGUCAACACCCCACGUCCCCUCCUGUGUCCAACACCCCAUCCUCAUGUGUCAACACCCACGUCCCCCUGUCCAGCACCCCACACGUCCCCUCCUGUGUCAACACCCACGUCCCCCGCCGUCCACGUCCCCGCCUGUGUCAACACCCACACCGUCCAACACCCCACGUCCGCCUGUGUCAACACCCCACACGUCCCCGCCUGUAUCAACACCCACACGUCCCCCCGCCUGUGUCACCUCCACACGUCCUCCUGUGUCAACACCCACGUCCCCGCCUGUGUCCACACCCACACGUCCCCCCGCCUGUGUCCACACCCCACACGUCCCCUCCUGUGUCAACACCCACACGUCCCCGCCUGUGUCCAACACCCCACAUCCCCUCUGUUCAACACCCCACACGUCCCCGCCUGUGUCAACACCCCACACGUCCCCGCCUUGUCAACACCCCCACGUCCCCGCCGCGUAUCCCCCCCGUCCCCGCCUCUAUAUCCCAACCAAUAG